CGUUAGAUUGUGUGAGUCAGACAAUGCUAACUAGCUGGCUGUGCGUAAACACGGCUGUGAGACCAGGUGGUAACUAAUUAACUUGCGCAAGCGAACUACAUUUACCCCGAGAUGAAGGCGUUUUGUCUCUGGCGUUGAUCAUCGUUCCUGCCGCCACUUCGCUGAUUUCUGUACCUCUCGCGGGGGGUUUCCGUACGAAACCCUUUGUCAUUUCUCUCUAUCUCGAAUAUUCGAGGAGGUUUAUGCUCUUCUUCAUUUUGGGGGGCCUUGGGCAUGGGACCAAAGACUGGACUGGAGUCGCGAGAUCGACUGCCGCUGCCAGAUCGGUUCCGUCGUCUUCUGGGGCUUCUCUGUUCUUGAUCGGACAGAGGCGUAGCUAGCGUUUUUUAUGCCAACAUCCUAAAUUCGAGAGCUUGGUAAAGAAUAAACUGAAAUGACUACCUAAUCUGCUGUUUCGGUCAUUCUGCGUUGUUUAUAUACGAGCUUCAGAAACAGUACAUGAUUGGGUGCGAGUGUAAAUAGGUCCCCCUUGAAACAAUGCAGCACGAUGCUCUAUGUUCCGCAUAGUACAUUAGACUGGAACUGACUUUUAGCAGUCGCUUAAGCAAUGUCUCUGGCUUAAAAAAUAAUCAUUGUGGUCUGUAUUAUCUCAAAUAAUGCCAUUGAGCAUAUCUAGUUUCAAACGUUUGAACUGCAGCAAAUGUGUAGCUCUCGCUACAUGGAACUAUUUUGACACAGUUGUUGCGACUCCUGUUGGCCAUGCAUGAACUAGCAGUAGGUCACACCGACCGUAACAAGGAGAUUGACGUUUUGUUGUCUACAACCAUCUACCGAUACUUCGUUUGGAAAGAACAUCAAUCAUACGGCUUGGCGUUGCAGGGAUGUCGGGCCUAAAGCUGAUCUCUGCAACUGACACCCGAUAUUCAGGAACGGUUCUGAAGUCGAUGAAUAGACAACGAAGUAACGGAUUGUUCUGCGACGUCACCAUAAUUAUACAGGACCGUAAAUUUCGAGCGCACAAAAACAUAUUGUCGGCGUCGAGUACUUAUUUCCACCAACUUUUCUCAGUGGCUGGACAGGUGAUUGAGUUGAAUUUCAUAAAGGCGGAAAUCUUUGAGGAAAUCCUGAAUUACAUUUACAGUUCCAAGAUUGUCCGCGUUCGCUCUGACAUGCUCAAGGAGCUUAUCAAUGCUGGGCAGAUGUUGGGGGUGAAGUUCAUUGCGAAUCUAGGCGUACCGCUCUCACAAGUCAAGGGCCUACCUGGCCUGUCCAAAGACACGGAAAACAACGAGGUGAGCUCCGUAGACAAAAACAGUACAGAGCCAACGAUGCCCAUUAUCACCGAGUCCUUUUCACUGUCUGCAGAGGAGUUCAACCAGACUGACCGAAGUACGGAUCAGGACUCGGACGAUGACAUUAUGUUUGUGUCCAAAACGGACGCCAUCAAAAAAUGCAAGCCCUCUGAAAUCAUUGAUUUGGAUGCACCCGAAACAGAGGAAGCCUCUGUGACAAAGCAACCGGGAGAGGCCAGACCCACUGCUUUGACAAAGGACCAAGAGAAAACAGUCAAAGCAGCCCCACACCUUAACAGCUCCUCUCAGACCCUGCGAGACCACAGUCCUCUGAACAUCCCUAUGGUGUCCCCUGACACCAGUUCCAAUAUUCCAUCUUCACCUGCUGUAGCCUCGUCUUGCAGCACAUCCACAAUGCCGGAUAGAAUUGGCACUUUCAUCCCCAAACUCCACAGCACCACCCUGCCCUCAGAAACCCCAGCGAUAAUAGGGAUCCAUAAGAAGCAGGUUACACUAACUCAAAAGGGCAACUUAAAAAUCAAGCUCUCAGAUGUGACGUCACCAGGCGGAUUCAUCAAUGAGGCAGGCAUUAGCAUUCCCCAAGUGGCUGCAGCUGCAAAAAAGACAAUCACACUAGAUAAGGCCUCAGAGCUCGGCUCACUUUCUUCAGGCUGCAAGGUGUAUGCCAAUAUUGGGGAGAACACAUAUGACAUUGUCCCCAUGAAGGACGAUCCCGGGGAGGGAGAUUCUAAAAACAGUAGAGGGGCAAAGAGGUCUCUGAUGGCCACACCUCUUCAACCUUUCAACACCUCUCAACUGCCACAGGGUGCUUCGAGCAAGAAGAAGGCCAAAAGCGAGCAGGAAGAUCACUACGAGCUCAUCAUGGACGGGAAGACCUUCUUUGUGUGCGUGGUCUGUAAGCGUCCCUACGUGUGCCUGACGAGCCUCCGGCGCCACUUCAACACCCACUCUUGGGAGAAGAAGUACCCAUGCCACUACUGUGACAAGGUGUUCGCCCUGGCUGAGUACCGGACGAAACACGAGAUCCACCACACGGGUGAGCGGAGGUACCAGUGCCUGCUGUGCAACGAGAUGUUAAUCAACUACCAGCUACUGUCAACUCACUGCAAACAGGCCCACAACCAAGACCCGUCUGGGAGGAAACAGAAGGACGUCACCGACAACAACUUGUACCGCCUGCUCCCUUGCAAAACGGUGCAGUUCAAGACCUACUCAUAUGAGACGGACGGUUCAGAUCCAGGAGGGGUCCCUAUUAUCCAAGAGGAUGGGAGCGUCCAGCACAUUAACCCUGGAAGGGGGCAGCCCAACCCACUACCGUUACAGUCCACCCAGGGCAAGAUGUUAAACUGGGAUGACAUAUUUGUGGCGCCUGAGGCACAGCCUCGACCAGCUGCGCACGCUCACCGACCAGGGAGCCACCCCAUCCAACCUCCCCCAGGCUCAUCGGAGUUUGAGUUUGUCAUACCAGAGACCUACUGAGCAGGGUGGCUCACCGAUCUGUGCCUUGUCAGUGGGGUCCCCUUCUCAAAUUCUGUUUCCUGGGUCCAUGUCAAAUAUCAUCCAUGUUGUCUUUUUCAAAUGUUCAACAGUUGUUUUGUAGGAAGUUCCUAUGUGCACUAGCUAACCCAUCUGGAGUGUAGUAUGACUUUUUUGUUCUUAUCAUGCUCGUCAUUGAACUGUCUAUUGUCUCAUUGUAUUUCUACUGACGCUUUUUAAUGGUAAAUAUUUCCAAGAACUUUGGAGUGCUCAUGCUGUUCAACAGAAGGACCCUCAAUCUAGUCAUAUAAAUGUAUUUAUUGUUGGUAUAUAUUUUUCUUAUGUUUUUUUUUAUAGAGGCAAAGUAUGUUAUGCCUUUGAGAAGAUAAUGUACAGUUUAUUUUCAAACCACAGAGAUUGGAUCAGGAUGUGGGAUAUUGAUGGAAUUAAUUGAUACUGAAACGAUGCUCUUUCUGCACACAGGGAUUCAGAUACCAGCUCAUUGAUGGGAUACAUUGCUUCAAAUACCAUAUGUGUUGAUUAAAAUCUGGAUUGUUCAAAUUUCUAUUGGAUUUUUGUGCCACAAAUGAAGAGGCAAUGAGCUCAAAUGACUGGUUUUGCUGUGUUUAAUUGAUGGUUGAUUAUAACACUUCUGCCCAAUGUUGAAGGGAAACCCAAUUGCAAUAAUUAUUUAGUAGUUGAAUUGGUUGCACAAACCUAUAAUUUAAGAUUUAAUUAUGUCCAUUAAAUAUUGAAGUCCUUGCAAAAGGUUUGAUCAUGACUUCCUUACAUGGUCUACUCUUUUGUUGGGGGCUUUUUUUCCUUUCAUAUGCUGGCCAUAUAUUUUGCAGUCUUUCUAAAAGUCAUGUUCUGUCAAGGAUGAAGCUGCCUGCUACUCUGUAUGUAUAAAGUUAGCCUAUGUAGUGUAUCAUAGUACUCAUGUAACUCAUUGGAAUCAUGUUCCUUUUUCUUCCCAGUCGUCUUGUCAGUAUGUAGUUGAAUAGAGUUGGACUGUAGAGCUAACUUGACAUUUUAUACUGCUUCAGUAUGUCCUUCAAUAAGGGCACUUCCAGCUUUUAUGGUUUAAAGCAAAAAUUACAAAAUUAACAGUGGUGUCUUCUACAUAAUUGUGCUAAACACCUUUUUAAUUUAAAAAUGUUAUUUGUUUAAAUAAUGUAUUAGGUCUUAGUGCUGAACAACUGUUAAUAAAGUAAAUAAA